GAAACAUGGUGGAAUGGUGCCUACCUCAGGACAUUGACCUUGAAGGGGUUGAGUUCAAAUCUAUGGCUAGUGGGUCUCAUAAGAUCCAGUCUGAUUUCAUCUAUUUCCGAAAGGGUCCCUUCUUCGGCCUGGCCUGCUUCGCCAACAUGCCGGUGGAGAGCGAGCUGGAGCGGGGCGCCCGCAUGAAGUCGGUGGGCAUCCUGUCUCCCUCCUAUACCCUCCUGUACCGCUACAUGCACUUCCUGGAGAACCAAGUGCGGCACCAGCUGGAGACGCCGGGGCACUACUCUCAUCUGGCUGCGUUCUACGAGGACAAGAAAGGGGAGCUCCACGCUGGUCCAGGGAGAGGUGGCCGCCUGCCACCCGUCUACUGGCUUCCUUCCAUCCAUCGGUACAUGUACCCCGAGAUGAAGAUCACACACCCCGCUGGCUGCAUGUCUCAGUUUAUCAAGUUCUUUGGUGAGCAGAUCCUCAUCCUCUGGAAGUUUGCCCUGCUGCGGAAGCGCAUUCUGAUAUUCUCCCCACCCCCCGUGGGCGUCGUGUGCUAUAGAGUGUACUGCUGCUGCUGCCUGGCCAACAUCUCGCUGCCUGGCAUCGGGGGCACCGUCCCCGAGUCCAAGCCUUUCUUCUACGUGAAUGUGGCUGACAUCGACAGCCUGGAGGUGGAAGUGUCCUACGUGGCCUGCACCACCGAGAAGAUCUUCGAGGAGAAGCGUGAGCUGUACGACGUCUACGUGGACAACCAGAACGUGAAGACGCACCACGACCGCCUGCAGCCCCUGCUGAAGAUCAACAGCGCCGACAGGGAGAAGUUCCGCCGGCUCACCGAGCAGAGGCAGAUGCUGCUGUACUCCCAGGAAGUGGAGGGGGACUACACCCCGUGUGAAGAGGACCUCUUUGUGCUGUUUUUCCUAGAGCAGAACAACCGCAUACUGCAGACCUUGUUGGAGGUGUCUGCCAGUCAAGACAGGACGCUGACGGCGGAGCACGCCCGGGGCAUGGGCCUUGACCCGCAGGCCGACCGCAGCUUCCUGCUGGACCUGCUGGAGGCCUACGGCAUCGAUGUCAUGCUGGUCAUUGACAACCCCUGCUGCCCAUAGAAGAGGGAGCCGAGGACCGCCCGCCGCUCUCACGAGGGGAGAGCAGCCUGGAGUUCAGCCAGGCCCCACUGGCCUCACUUUUUAUUAAGUUGAUACAAAGGAAUAUUGUUUAUACUUUCCAACAAAUGUAAUUUUUGCAAUUUCCUUUCUUCCCUGGCGGUAAGAUGGGAUCGCCUUGGCUUUGUGUCCUGUUUGCGGGGACGAUGGCAUCUACCACUUUCUCCCAAGAGCCACGGUUUUCUGGGCCUGGUUUGGUCUUGGGAGGAAGAGUAGACUCUCAUCACUUGGUGAGUGACGUGGGAGUUGGGUGAAGGCCAUGCAUCACUAGGAGGGAAUCUGGGGCUGGAAACAUUGGGAUGAGUGGUUCAGACAGUCUGCGUAGUCUCUGUCCCUCCAUGUGUUCCCGAAUAAGACAGCAUGGCCUUAGAUGUGCCUCUGCCUAAAGGCUGAGGUAGACCAGAUGACCACUCAGGGUCUUUCCCAGUUCUAUGAGUCUACAGUAUUGGGGUCACAUUGCUUUCCUGCAUACUGGGCCAAAUCUAGGUCUUCUCUGUUCACUGGAGCAGAGACCUCAAAGAGGGAUCAAAUGGUGUUUGUGACGCUGAGCAUGAGCUUCUCUAAGGAUGGGGUGACAGUCAGCCAAAAACUAAAAUGGCAGAAGGAAGCCCUGAAACCCUUCCUAAGUAAGUUAAUGAUGACACCCAAUGUAAGCCCCCUCAUCCUCUGACUCCCACCGCUUGGGAGACUCCUGGGAGCCAGUGCUGGCCUGGGAGCUUGCAAGCAGGCAAAUCCAUCCCCCAUCAGUCCCCUUUAAGGACUACACAUCCUCUUGGAGUCAUCUGGGCAUCUGUAAAGGGUAGAGUUCAUUGACACCGAAGGGCAGAGUGGUGGCAGCUGGAGUAAGCUAAAGGUGAUAUUUAUUCACCUGGAUGAGAGCCCUCUGGUGGCCUUGCCAGCAGAGUCUCUGGACCAAAUGGAUUCCCUGGACUCUGAAACUCAGCAGGUACUGCAGCUGGUUAACUCAGGUAGGGUAUGAUGCGAGCAAGACUGUUAACCAGUGUGGAUCUCCACAAACAAACUUAUCUUCAGCAGAGGCGACGUUGCUGAGAGACCUAGCAGAUUGGCUAGAGAGAAAAUAUGAGAGUGCCUUCUCCCAGCACGGUGGACAGGGAGCCCCUGCACGUCGGGAAUGAAUGCAUCUGUUCUCCUAGGUGUUCCGCUCGGGGCCAGCCCAGCUGCUUCCUGCUUGGCCUGUGGGGGGUGUGAUGGACACCGUCUCCAAUGAGACAGCAACUGUCCGUUAGUCAGAAAGUCUCUCCUGGGACUGCAGAGGUUAGGUCUUUUGGUCUAGGUUGUUGACCCGGGAUUCUGGGUUGUUGGUUGUUGACAAAGGACUUGUCCACCUUCCCGCUUCUGGCUGGCUUUGUGUGGGAACAGCCAUCCAUGUGUCCACGUCCGUGGGUGACCAGGCCCCUGCCAGGCUCAUGGGCACAGCACAGCAACUGCAUUCACCUGGACAGCUCACACAUCUUAUCACAAGACUAGGCUUCUAGGGAUUAUUGCUUUUUUCAAAAGUAUUUUUGCUGUGGCUCCUUGACAGGAAGUUCAAGACUUGAGAACGUUGGGCGUGGGGGAACGUAGAUGGUUGUCGGUUCGUCAAGGUAGAAUCUUUUCUGUAAAUAUAUAAACAGGUAUGGGCAUUAAAUGUAAGCUCUAUUAUCUAAUCGUCUCUCCUCUGCAGUGUGGGCUCAGCCACCAUUUCAGUGAUGUCUGUGUUUACAGAAGAAAAAAAUCUGUGUUGGAAGCUGAAGCCUCUCCUUUUCUUCCUUUGAGAGCCGCCUUCUCUUCUUGCCUCUCAAGAGGGAGGGGGCCUUUAUUAACUUUGGUCAAGUAAUGGCUAUUUUUAGGGGUAUCCUCAGGCUCAAGGUUUUCUGAGCUGGGGAAAGAGGGUUAGCAGUAGGGGAGAGGAAAGGACUGACUCUCUUGGGGGACACAGCAAACUCUCUUUCUCCAGGCAGUGAUGCAAAGGCAGCAGGGUGACAGCGAGGCUCCUGUAUUCCUGCUGAAUCAUCAUCGGGGUCUGGCUCCCUUUAACUAUGUUCUGCUCUCGGCAGCUGUCUGCUCGCGGCCUCUCCUCAGGUCUCCCUCAAGCUCGCAGAGGGCCACAGGCUGGUGGGCCCACAGAACGGACCAGUGAGGUGGUGGCAUGUCCCAGGUCAGGUGGGAUGUGGGCCAAGCUGGCCGGAGCAGCAUCUCCCCUUCCCUCCUGCACUCCCUUGAAGAAGGAACCCGCAGAUUGGGCCUCCCCGCCACUGCCAGCUUCCCCGCAGGGUGGAGACCUCACGCAGCCUUCGCCCCCUGACGGCACCCGCGUUAGCACCUUAGCCCGCCUUGUCACGGUCUCCAGCCCCCUCCC